AUGUGUGACGCUGAGUGGCUGAGUAACAAGUAUAUUGCUAGUUUGUUUAUGCGUCAUUGUUUAUUAUUAUUUUUUGUACAUAGAAUAUCAAAUUUGAAUCCAGAAGAUAGAUCAGUAACACCAUUAUAUGCUGUAGCACUAAUGUAUUAUUUAGCUACACUUGGCUUAUUGCAAGACUACAUUUCCAAAUACCAUGUAAUUUUCCAGGGUAAUUGCAGUGAUUUUGAACUAGGUGUAUUGGGUUUUGUUGCUGUCCCUUUCUGCAGUCUUUUUAACCACAGCUAUUGUCUUAAUACAGUGCUGAUAAAAUUAGAAAACAAUGAAAUAAUUGCCUAUGUUGAUCGCCCUAUACCUAGGAGAACAGUUAUUUGUUGUGUACAUGAACAUCAGUUAUCGUUUUGUGCCCAAGGAAGUUCGUCAAAAAUUAUUAACAGCUUUUCAUGCAACUAUGAAUUUAAAAGCACUUGGGCUAUCGAAUAUCGACAUUGAAGUAUACCAAUCAUAAAUAAUUAGAAGACAGCAUUGAUAUUUUUCUUAUGCGGAAAGAGAAGAUUGAAUAACAUAAUAUGACUUGAAUGUGAAUGCAUGUCUCGUUUGGAUGAUUGGACAAGUGGAACUAUGCCAACAUUUAUUCAAAAACCUGUUUUGAAACAUUCAACGGACCAUGCCCUACAAACGGAACAGUUAUUAAGAUUUUAUUAAUCGAAUAGUUUUUUGUUAUAUGUAAUGCAUUUACCUAAUGAUAAAUAAGUCUGCAUAAAAUCUGUGAUAACACCAAUAUUAUUCUCCAGUGUUUUUAAGGAACUAAUUGACCAACACAUCCUGAUCGUAUCCAAGUCGAAAUCUUCCAUUUUUUUGCAUUCAUAUAUAUUUUCAAACUUGUUUACGAACAUGUUUAUGAUAUCAUAUGAUAUACUAUGUUUAGGCAAAGUGAUUUGAAUAUAAAAUAUCUGAUUAAAAAAAUUUUUGAAUUCUGUACUUCUUGACAAUAAUGUGUCUUCAUGAAUAAAAAAAUAAUAUA